AUUCAAGAUAGUGACACAGCGGCGAUAGCUAAAUUAUAUGGUGUUGGCGACCUGAAAGUGUUUCAUGACAAACAUGAGGAUACAGGGACAGCCUGAAGGUGCGAGGAGGCGUCUGGAUUUAAAUGCAGCCGGUGAUCUCAGGGGUGUGGAGGUCAUCCGUGGUCGGGCAGGAUAUGGCUUUACUAUUUCAGGACAGCAGCCAUGUUUGUUGAGUGGUAUCCUGGAAGGAAGUCCUGCUGACCUGGUGGGACUCAAACAAGGGGAUCGCAUUAUGGCCAUCAAUGGAGCAGAUGUGUCCACAGCUCUGCAUGAGACUGUGGUGCAGUUGAUUGGCAGCUGCAAAGGGCCUUUACGGUUGGUUGUGCACGCCGAAGGCCGAAUCAUGGAGAACCCCAUCCUUAAUGAUGAGAAAUUUGGGAUUGGACAGAAACAGCGUCUUUUCCAAAAGGCAGGUGUUUUUCGCACCAUCUCGCAUGAUUCAAGCAAUUCCUCCUUUAACUCGAGUCAGUCGUUGACCCCCAAACAGAGGCCGGUGUCAGAGCCUGACAUGUCACAGUGGUCACAGCAAUGGAGCGCUUUAGCUGAGCAGCCGAAGGAAGAAAUGUCCAGAGUGGGGGACACAGACUCUGUUUUUACAGACACAGAAGAAGCUAAUUCAGACUGGAGUAUUUUAAACAUGACCUUGGUGGUGGGCUACCUGAGCUCUACGGAGCUGAUUUUAAACACUACAGAAUCAGAGGAGGACUGUUUGAAAGCCAUUCGUGAGCGAAUACGUCAGCUGGGCACAGAGCAGGAUACCCAUACUCUUGUGUUGAUGAAGAUCAUGUUUGACUGCGUCCGACUUUGUGAUGACGCCGGAGCUGUUUUGGCAGCCUUUCCUACUGAGAACCUGGUUUUAGGAGCUGUGUGUGCUGAGGACCCACGUUUCUUUUGCCUGGUCACUACAGCACAUAUAAUCAAUGGCCAUGUCCCAGAGGACGGUCCUUUGAGGGCCUCCUGCCAUGUUUUCUUCAUCGACCCAGAGCUGGGAAAUCAUGAGGACCACAUAGGGAUUGCUGGGCGCUUUGGCUUUGAGUGCACUCCAGAUCCAGAUGCUUUGGGCUGUCUGGAAUUCCCUCAGACUCCUCCAGAUGUCCUUCACUUUGUCACAGUCCUGUACGGCGAUUUGGGAGAAGCUGUGGAGAGGCUUAGAGUAAAACUGGACGCAGAGGCUCAGCAGCAAGCCAAAGAAAACGGCAGCACUGGCAAGCAAGGCAGUGCCAGCAGCAAUGGGGACAGUGGAAUUGGCAAUGCUUCCCCCCCUGAGGAGAGAGCGGACAGGGAUUUCCCUUCUGCAAUCCGAAACCACCCUGGGGCCCACCUCCCCAGCUGUCCAUGGGAUUAUCCUCCGGCUGAAGACCUCACCCCAAUAAAUCUCUCCAAGAACGGCCACAAACGUAAUCCAGAGAAGAGCGCCAGCACAAAUUCCCUUUCAGAGUCUCUACCUGGCCCAGAUUCUCUAACUAGCUUUUAUGGUGGCCCCCCACCCAGGCUCGAGUUCCAGUUCAAGCCCCCACCACCACCUCCUCUGCCUUUGGGUAAAAAAACUAACUUUUUGGGAGACCCUCUCAGAGGUAGCCAAAGGUGGUUCUCUAAGCCAAAGUGGCCUAAAACCUUCAGUGGUGAUCCAGAGCCUCUGGUGGUAUCCAACAAUAACUGGUCCUCCAGCGUUAGCCUCAGCAACAGCACAAAUAACCUGCCGCCCCCCAUGAGCGAGAUCCCCUCAGACAGGUAUCAGUCAGCAGAGGUUAUGAUGCUGCCCCCAAGAGAAGAGUGGACCAAAAGGUUUCUUGAGCAGAGAGAGAAACCACGGAAGGAUGGUAGUACCAAAAAUGGCUCCAGGUUUUGGGUUAAGGGGGUUCUACGAGCAUCCAAACGCCGCCCAGCUAAACGCCUCAGCCUGGCACGAUCCCUGGAUGACCUUGAGUCUGCUGCUUCCUCAGAUGGCGAUUAUAGUGGAGUCCAGUUGCAGGGAUGCUGCAGCCAGAGCAGCCUGAACAGUAAUGGCAGUCUUCCAGGAGCAGGAAGCCUUCGAGGGGUUCCAGAGCAGCGUGUGGCGAGCUGGGCCGCCUGCUUCGAGCGUCUGCUUCAGGAUCCGGUGGGCGUGCGCUACUUCUCGGAAUUUCUCAAGAAAGAAUUCAGUGAGGAGAAUAUCUUGUUCUGGCAGGCCUGUGAAUACUUCAGUCAUGUCCCUGCAACUGAUAAAAAGCAGCUGUCCCAGAGAGCUGGAGAGAUCUACAACAGCUUCCUGUCCAGCAAGGCCACCAUGCCGGUCAACAUCGACAGUCAAGCCCAGCUGGCCGACGACGUCCUCACCUCCCCACGGCCCGACAUGUUCAAGACGCAGCAGCUACAGAUCUUCAACCUGAUGAAGUUUGACAGCUACUCACGAUUCCUCAAGUCCUCGCUUUACCAGGAGUGUAUACAUGCCGAAAUGGAGGGACGACCCUUGCCGGAUCCCUACCAGAUCCCCUGCAGUCCUGCGCCAUCCAAACACAGUGCCAGCUCCGAUCGCUCCAACCUCUCCACUCCGAAAAAGGACGGUAGAAAACAGAGGUCAGGGAGGUCACUCAAUGAGGAAAGCAAAGACGAGAGUGCCGACAAAAAACGUGGGAUCUUCUUCUCAUGGUCCCGCAACAGGAGCUUUGGGAAGGGUCCAAAAAAGAAGGAAAUUGGAGACAUUAACCUCGACUACUGGGGUAAUAAUGGGCGGAGGGAGUCCCAGGGCUCCUUGUCGUCCGGCACCAGUCUGGAGAUGGCCACUUCCUGUUCUACUGGCAAGAUUGAGUCUGACAAUCGCCACUCAGUUGGAGUUUGGGAACGCACUCCCAAACAUUGCAGUGUGAUGUUACCCAACGGCUCCUGCUCUUCUGUCGUGCUUCGGCCCGGUGCCUCCAUUAGAGAAGUCCUCCAGGUUCUCUGUCACAACAUAAGCGUGAACAUCGCCGCCGUCGACCUCUUCCUGGUGGGAGGGGAGAAGCCUUUAGUGUUGGAUCAGGACUGCAUGACCCUCAGCUCACGAGACUUGAGACUGGAGAAGAGGACUUUGUUUAGAUUGGACCUGGUACCCAUUAACCGCUCCGUGGGGCUGAAAGCCAAACCUACCAAACCUGUUACUGAGGUCCUGCGUCCCGUGGUUGCCAAAUAUGGCCUCCACCUCAGCGAACUUGUGGCCAAAAUAAGCGGACAAUCUGAGCCUUUGGAUUUGGGCGCCCCAAUAUCGAGUUUGGAUGGCCUGCGGGUUGUGUUGGACCGAGUGGAAACAGCUUCAGGGAAAGACAAAUCCAAGUCAUCCUCCCUAAAAGGCCACCCUCCUACCAGGAGUCUUUCUGCAACAGGAGAUGAGAGGUCAACACCAAAGGACUUUUCUGUGAGAGCAAGUGGACCAGACUCAGCACUCCCAGGGGAAAAGAGAAAACAGAAAAAGAUUAAUAUAGAUGAAGCUGAAGAAUUCUUUGAGCUGCUGAGCCGGGCACAGAGCACCCGAGCCAACGACCAGCGCGGGCUCCUGAACAAAGAAGACCUGGUACUUCCCGACUUCCUGCGUCUGGCUCCCCCCACCUCCUCUUGCUCCGUCUCCUCUGACCUUGCCUGCUCCACUCCUGACUCGCUGAAGCGCAGCAACGGCGUCUCUUCACGCGGGCCCCUCACCUCCAGCCUUCGUUCGGAGAGCUUGGACUCCUCCCUAAGCUCCAGUGCCAAUGGACACUCCGGGGGCAGGCGGUGCCUGUUAACCCCUCCUCGCCACGCGCCUUUCGGCACCCACUUGUCCCCCAUCCCCCGGUCCUCAGACCCCCGGCCAACCCUCCGCACCGUGGAGGAGGACUCCCACAGCGACCUGACCCUUGUGGGGGAGGGCGACAUCAACAGUCCCAACAGCACCCUGCUGCCUGCAUCUCCAUCCCCUAUGCCAUCCUUCGAGGGCAGCCUACCCGAGGCCAACUUCACCCCGCCACCCCCCUGCUCCCACCCUCAAGACGCAGGUGGAGAGGGAAAGUCCAGUUCAGAGGGAAAAACAGACACAAGCUCCAACAACAAAACACCCGCAGACAGAGCCGACGUCGCAGUCCAGGAGGUGAUGGAUGUGGAGGGAGUACAUCUGGAGGAGGGAACAGUGGAAACAUCCCAGGGAGAGGACACUGAGCUCAGCCUGAGUUUCCAGGGCUACGUCGCAGAGCUGCGACAGUGCCAGAGCAGGAUGAGGAACGCCCAAAUGCCCCAGAAUGGCCGCAACCCACCAGAGGACAAGGACUGCAAGACAGACCUUUACAAGGCCACUGUUGUCUGAAAGGGAA